AAGAGAGGCUCAGAGCGUGAGAGAGAGAACACGAGAGAGGAGGCGGAUACAGAGAGAGAGAGAGAAAAACAACAGCGGAGGAAGAUUGAGUGAAGGAGAUAAAGUAACCGCGAGAGAGAGAGAGACAGAAAAGACAGGAAGGAAGUAAGAGAGAGAGCGUGUGUGUGUGUAGCGCAGCGCUGGUCUGCUCUGCUCUGCUCUGCUCGCCGGUCCGUCUCCAUCUGGCUGCCAUCUGCGUCUCUGGCCUCCGCCACACUGGAGCUCGCAUAUGUGGGAAUGCAAACACAUGCCUGACAUAUGAAGGCGCCGAGUCACGGGCAAGAGAGACGAGGGGAGACAAACGGAUACGACCGCGAGAUCACACAGCAGCAGCGGCAGCAGCGGCAGCAGCAGCGGCGGCGGACUUCCUCCAGCGGACCUGAGAGUGGACUCUACUGGAGUGGAGACCGUAGAGAGAAGAAGAGCCCUGCCAUGCCCGGUUCUCCUGUGGAUGCUAAGACUCAUUCCAGAUCAGUCCUCAGCAGCAGCACCAGCUCCACGAUGCCACCCCUGCCUUCCGUCAACCCCAGCGGCCCGCGACCGGCCUCGUUUUCCACCACAGCAUUGACCAAUGGGAAUCAUCAUUCUCCGCCAACCCUGAAUGCAGUGCCGUCUCCGCCGCAGCGCUACAGCAACGGGCCAUCCUCUUCCUCGUCCUCAUCGCUAGCUAACCAGCAGCUGCCCGCCACCUGUGGGGCUCGCCAGCUGAGCAAGCUGAAGCGUUUCCUGACCACGCUGCAGCAGUUUGGCAACGACAUCUCCCCUGAGAUCGGAGACAGCGUCCGCAGCCUAGUUCUGGCCCUAGUGAAUUCAACAGUUACCAUUGAAGAGUUUCACUCGCGGCUUCAGGAGGCCACCAACUUCCCCUUACGGCCCUUUGUCAUUCCUUUUCUCAAGGCAAACCUUCCCCUGCUGCAGAGGGAGUUGCUCCACUGUGCGCGGGCAGCCAAGCAAACCCCAGCCCAGUACCUGUCCCAGCAUGAGCACCUCCUGCUCAGCACCACCCUGGCCUCCUCUCCGGACUCCUCUGAGCUGCUGAUGGAGCCUCCUGAUGCCGGGACCAAGAGACACAGCCCCAGCAGGGCCAAGGAGAACGGUUUCCACGAACGUCCGCCCGUAGCCAUGGAGCCCGCUGCAAAGCGAAUUUGCACCAUCAGCCCCGCGCCUCGACACAGCCCCGCCCACCCGCUGCCCCUCAACACCCAGCUUCACCCAACUCCCCCACCCCUGCAGCACUACGCCCUGGACGACAUCGCAACACCACACAUCCUCCACCGCGAACACAGCCAGCGCAUGCUGGAGCUCCGCGAGCUCAAAGACAGACCUCGACUCCCUGGAACCAACGGGGGUUACCGCGAGGAGCCGGUGGACCACAGACUGACAGACAGAGAGUGGGCUGAUGAAUGGAGGCAUCUGGACCAUGUGUUGAACUGCAUCGUGGACAUGGUGGAAAAGACACGGAGGUCAGUGAGCGUGCUGAGACGGUGUCAGGAGUCCGACCGCGAGGAGCUCAACUACUGGAGGCGGCGCUCGAGCGAGCAGGAGGACCCGCGCAAAGGAGGCUCCGGCUCCGCCCCUUUCUCAAAGACACACAGCCCCCACUCUGCAGAAUCAGAGUCCCAGCGCGACUUUGCUCCUCGGCCAGGCUCAGCAUACGUUACAGAUGAGAUCUGGAGGAAAGCUGAAGAGGCGGUGAACGAGGUGAAGCGCCAGGCCAUGGACGAGGUCCAGAAAGCGGUGGCCGAGGCCGAGCAGAAGGCCUUCGAGAUGAUCGCCGCCGAGAGGGCGAAGAUGGAGAAGACUCUGGCCGAUGCGAAGAGGAAGGCCAAGGAGGACGCCAUCAUGGUCAUCAACGAGCAGGAGGAUUCCAGUGAGUGUUGCUGGAAUUGCGGCCGCAAAGCCAGUGAGACGUGCAGCGGUUGCAAUGCGGCCCGGUACUGCGGCUCCUUCUGCCAGCACAAAGACUGGGAGAGGCAUCACCUCAUCUGCAGCCCGGGACUUCAGGCUCAGCCCAAACCGGUUUCUGCCAUCACUGCAAGCAGGGCGGCUGCCGCGGCAACAGCGGCAGCAGCCGGGGUUUCACCCGUGGGCCUGGUAGGGGUGAAGGUCCCCGACAUCGUGCCUUCAGUCUCCAGUCCUGGCGGAGAGAAGGCGUCGGCUGCAUCUCGCUCCUCCACUCCCUCCACCCCUGCGUCGGGCCACGAGGCCAACGGACACUAGGAGGCCCAGGACGUCAGUGGUCAUCCAAUCCGCUUCCUGACCGGGGAAGAGUUGAAUCAGCACAAUGGAGGGAACUGCUUAUGGGUUAAGUUAGGAAUAACAGAUUUCUCAUCAUAAUCUUUGGCAGAUAAGAAAAAAAAAAGGACAGAUUAUGGGAUAACUGUUGUUGAGUAAUACGUCAACUGGGACGCUGGCUUCGGCGAAGGACAGAAGGACUUGUCUCCAAUGGCGUCCGUCGUAAAAAAAACCAGAUCCUCCCCGACAGAUGGAAACGUGUUUGUCUUCGUCCAAAACCCCCCAAAAUCUUGGAUCUUGGAGAUGAGCGGGGAAAGAAAAAAAACUGUCGAUAGAUCUCACUUCCUCUCCGGCCGCGGGGAGGAAGUUAUGAACGGAAAAAGACGUUGGACAUUAGAUAAAAAGUGAGGCGUUAAAGACUCAACUGAAGCUCUCACUUUGUUGUGUAUAAAUGUAAUAACGGGAGGUGGUGGGUGUUAAAUGUAAACAGUGUAAUAGUACCAGCCAUGAAGCAUCCGUCUUCAUCCUGUAGGAACAAUCUACAGUCGACCGCGUUAACAUCGUCUCCUCCAAACGUAAAUAUUUGCUCUCCAACUUCUGGAGGGGUUCUCCUACGUGUGAGUGCGUGUGUCAAAUGGUCGUGCCGUCGGUGAUUAUUGUAAGCGAUGCCAUUUACUUCUGUCAAAGCAAUAUUAAAACAAAGUGUUCAGGUAUCCCAGCUGUUUCUGCAUCACCAAAGUUUCCAGAGUCGUCGUCGUCGUCGUCGUCGUCGUCGUCGUCGUCGUCGUCGUCGUCGUCAUUGCCUGUAAAUGCCUUUUGUGAACAAGAGAUAAUUAUACACACACGUUUAUCUACUUUAAGUUUUAACCAGUCAGUGUCGUCUGCGUCUUUCGUCUCUGAUCAUCGGGACAUCUUCGGAGAGCGGAGGUGAAGGUGACGGCGGUUGCGUCGGGUGACCGCAGGAGGAUUUCGGUUAAGGACGUUGUUGUUGUUGAUGUUGUUGCAGCUUCAUUUUGACACUUGUUCCACGUCGUCGGCCGCGUUGGGCGGUGUUCAGGAGUCGCUCUGCGAAUCCUCCACCGUCGCAGCGUUUCCAUCAGAAUAGACCAACCUGAAACGGAAACACUGUGACGUGACGUCGCCGCGGUGCAGGUUCAGCAGCGACUGUCCCACAGAGAAUCUCAGGAGCUAAACUGUAUUUGUAUGUGCAGAUCGUUCUGCUGUUUUGUCUUUUUUCCUUUUGUCACAGUUAGAUUCAAAGUCAAACGUUUAGUGCAGAACUUCGAUGUAUCGUAUUCUACUGUCGCGACUGAGAGACCUUGUUCCUGAGAUGACUUUGUAAAGAAUAUAAUGAGAGAAUGCCUUUAUUUUGUGAGCCACGGUUUUGCUCCUCGUUCUUCAGACACGUUCUUUUGUUAUGAGGCAUAACAACUUGAUAUGGGCUUAAAAAAAGAAGCUAUUAUGAAGUAUGAAAUAAAGAAAUAGAAUGGCUUCGGAAUCGUUUUUCUUCUGUUCGGUGACUGUGACAGAAGAGGUGAUGAAAUGAAGGUAAACUCAGUUUUAUCCAAUACAUUAAUAAUGGUGUUAUUUGAGUAUUUAAUAAGACGGUCCUGAAAUAAAUAUGCAAAAGACUUA